AUGCGUACGGUUAUAGCCACUGCAAGGAUGAGAGGAGAAUACCCUGAAAGAAUUGGUCAGCCUGAAUGCGAGACAGGAACAUACAAGUUUGGAGUAACAUGCAAGUUUGAUCAUCCUAGGAACAAAGCUGGAAUUGCUGGACAAGUCUCACUCAAUAUUAGGCAACCGGACACUGUAAAUUUGAGGCCACUUGUAAAUUCAACCAUCCUCGGCCUCAACCAACAACCAACGUCAUGGUUCCUACUUCAGGCCAACAACAGUCUUAUCCUUGGUCAAGAGCAUCUUUUAUUCCAAGCCCUCGAUGGCAAGAUCCCUCUGGCUACACACCAUUGA